CCCACCCCGACCGCUUUUGAAUUGUCCAGGCCAAUUGUUUUAUAGGAUGGCACACAAUCUGGUUUUAACUGUUUGUUUCCCCUUGGUGUUACUUAACUAAUUCCACUCCCCUUUAUUUCCUGUAAACUGGAAAUUAGGUCUAGAUGUUGAUUGGAUUUAGCAUAAAUGCAAUAUGUUUGGCAUAAAUACUUCAUAGGUAGGUUGGCCAUAUUACCAGGUUUCUCCAGCAUAGUCCUGUGGCCUGUUUUUGCAGCAUAAUUAUUAAUAGUGCCCCUUUAUGCUCUCUUGAAAGUAUUCCAGUCUGGAUAAUAAAUUAAGUGGUCACUAUUUAUAAGGGUUGGUGUGCCCUUCAGUUUGUCUCCUGUCAGGAGGCCCAUCAGAUUAUAUUGUUCCACUACUUAUGAUACUAAGAUUGAGCGCUUGGUUAAGGUGGUGACUGUCAGAUUUUUUUAUUGUAAACGCAUGUUUUUCUAUUUGUAAUUAAUAAAUAAUCUGUGGGAUGAUCAUUUGAGACUGUGUGAAUAUCUUGUACCCCAACAGUCCUAAACUCAUGGUUUUAGAGUCCCUUGAUGACCCUUGACAGAAUAAAUUAUAUAUUGGUGGUUACAGUGCUAAUUGUAUUUAAAUGAUUAAGUUUUGACAUUGAGAUUGGUCUUUUUCAAUGGGAGAAUUGUUUUAUUUAUCCCCAAAUAUUUCAGGAUCCCCAGACAACUUAAAUAUGGGUUGCCUGCCAUUUUAAAUGCUUUUUCUGUUGCUUGUUGCAGUUUUCUGUCCUUUGAACACACUAAGAAUAAUGUCCCUGCAUCAGUUCUUACUAGAGCCAAUCACCUGUCAUGCCUGGAACAGGGAUCGUACCCAUUGCCCUUAGCCCCAAUAACCACGAAGUCCACAUCUACAAGAAGAACGGGAGCCAGUGGGUGAAAGCUCAUGAACUCAAGGAGCACAACGGACACAUCACAGGUAUCGACUGGGCUCCCAAGAGUGACCGCAUCGUCACUUGUGGGGCUGACCGCAAUGCCUACGUGUGGAGUCAGAAAGAUGGUGUCUGGAAGCCGACCCUGGUGAUCCUGAGAAUUAACCGUGCGGCCACUUUUGUCAAGUGGUCCCCGCUAGAGAACAAAUUUGCCGUGGGCAGCGGAGCACGACUCAUUUCUGUUUGUUACUUCGAGUCCGAAAAUGACUGGUGGGUAAGCAAGCACAUUAAAAAACCCAUUCGCUCCACGGUCCUCAGCUUGGAUUGGCAUCCCAACAACGUCUUGCUGGCAGCAGGAUCCUGUGAUUUCAAAUGCAGAGUGUUCUCUGCCUACAUUAAAGAAGUGGAUGAGAAGCCAGCCAGUACACCCUGGGGCAGCAAGAUGCCUUUUGGUCAGCUGAUGUCAGAGUUUGGUGGCAGUGGCACUGGCGGCUGGGUGCACGGGGUCAGCUUCUCCGCCAGCGGGAGCCGCCUGGCCUGGGUCAGCCACGACAGCACCGUGUCCGUUGCCGAUGCCUCAAAAAGCGUGCAGGUCUCAACUCUGAAGACAGAGUUCCUGCCCCUCCUGAGUGUGCGCUUCGUCUCGGAGAACAGCGUCGUGGCCGCUGGCCAUGACUGCUGCCCCAUGCUCUUUAGCUGCGACGACCGCGGCUGCUUGACCUUCGUCUCCAAGCUAGACAUCCCGAAACAGAGCAUCCAGCGCAACAUGUCGGCCAUGGAGCGCUUCCGCAACAUGGACAAGCGGGCCACGACCGAGGACCGCAACACGGCCCUGGAGACGCUGCACCAGAACAGCAUCACUCAAGUGUCUAUUUAUGAGGUGGACAAGCAAGAUUGUCGCAAAUUUUGCACUACUGGCAUCGAUGGAGCCAUGACCAUUUGGGAUUUCAAGACCUUAGAGUCUUCUAUCCAGGGCCUUCGGAUAAUGUGAAGCUGAG